AUGCUUUACGUGGAGCUUUAUUCAGAACAGGAAAAAGAUUCCGGUCAUCCGGCCGAUACGACCCCUAUAUCAAUCAAUUCAAACCCGGAAAAUCGCUUAAAAUGGUGGAUUGAUGGAACGGAUUACAAUAACGGAAAUCAGAAUGGUAUAUCAUCAAGUAUACGAGAUAUCAAGAAAACAAUCUACUUGCAGUAUUUAUUGCAGUGA